AUGAAGGCCUUUAUCGCACUCGCCGUCCUGACUUUGGCCAUCGCAUCCAACGGAUCGUACCUUCCGGCCGUUCAAUCGGUUCUCCCGUACUCUUACAACUCCGGAGUCUAUGGCCAGAAUGCGUACGACGAAUAUGGUCACUAUUCUUCGCUUGGUGGCUUGGGAUACUCUUCGCUGCUGGACCACGGACUGUCAUAUCCUUACUCUACGGCUCUGCCAUAUGCCGCAACUCUGCCAUACUCCGGCUAUAAUCAAGGUCUAAACGGUUACUACGGAUCGAAGUACGCUCCGACAGUUGUCCAAGCCAAUGUCAACACCCUGAAGACGCUUGACCAUCUGGGACUCUAUAGCGGAUACGGUCUGGGCUACAACAACUACCUGCCGGUGGCCCAU